AUGACAUUCGAAGAAAAUUCAUCAAAAAUAAAAAAGAAAAAAAGACAAACAAAAAAACCAUUACCAAAAAAUGUUUUUGAAGUUGUUAAUGAAAGUGGACAAACAAUUGAACGAGUAGAUCCAAAUAAAAUAGAAAAAAAAGUUAAAAAAUCAACAGAUGCUGAACCAAAACCAACAUUUAGUGAACGUACUACAAAACGACGAAGACGUGAAUGGGAUGCAAUGAAUUAUGAACCAUUUGAUAUAACACGUGGUCGAGAUUAUGAACGUUCAUUACAACGUGUAGCUACACGUGGUAUUGUUCAAUUGUUUAAUACAGUUCGUAAACAACAACAAAGUUCAUCAUCAAUUAAAAAAAAAGAUAAAAAAGAAACUACAAUAAAUAAAGGUGAAUUUCUUGAUAUGCUCAAAACAAUUGAUUCAGAUGAAGUAUCUUGCAAAAUUAUGAAAAAAAAUCUAGCAACAACUCAAUCAACACCGAAAACAACAACACCAGUUAAAUGGAAUGUUCUUCAAGAUGAUCUGAUGGCAAGUGUUAAAGAUGAUGAUGAUGACGAUGAUGAUGAUGAUUAG